CUCAAGAAAGGGAACCGCUCGUGUGAAAUUCGUGAAUCGGACUAUCAUCUUGCCAAUGUAUUUGGACGAUAUCCCAGUUCAUUCAGGAGCUUGUAGGAUGAAUCAACAUAAAACGAGCUGAAUGAGUUUAAUGUUUUUAAGUUUAGAAGUUGCUCUCUCAUGCGAUUGUGGUCACUAGAAAAAAAACAAACAAAAAGAAGACCCGAAGCGUGAACCUAUUCGAUGUGUCGAAGUUAAAAGAUAAUUUGUCUGAAUGGCAGCAACAGUUACACUAAACUCAGUGAGUAACAUCAAGCAGCAAACGAUGGCACCAACAAGCGAAACAAAUGGCUCAGGCAAUAGACAAGACGGUUCUACAGAACGCUGCGUUUUGGAUUCGGAAGAGAAAAGAGACGUAAUACGAGAUAUCCUAACUGAAGGCAGUCAACACACUUUGUCAAAUAACCACGAUGCCAUCUUAAACGGAGGAAACGAACAAGCAAAUACUAUGAACAACGAAACCAACGAUCAAGAUGAAAGUCCUGUCAUAGAUAUACACAUAAAUAAUGUUGUUUGCACUUUCAAUUUGCGGUGCCAUAUCAAUCUUAAGAGGGUAGCCAUGGAAGGGUCAAAUGUAGAAUACCGACGCGAACAUGGCAUUUUAAACAUGAAACUGCGACGACCACGAGUCACAGCCAAUAUUACAUCCUCCGGCAAGGUAACCUGCACUGGCAGCACCAGUGAGGCAGAGGCAAAGGUUGCUGCAAGGCGGGUUGCUAGACUGCUACAAAAGCUGGGUUUCAAUGUUCGUUUCAGCAAUUACCGUGUUGUCAAUGUACUAGGCACCUGCAUUCUCCCUUUUGGAAUUAAAUUACACAACUUCUCCAACCAGCAUCCAGGAGAAGCAAGCUAUGAGCCAGAACUUCACCCAGGGGCAACAUACAGAAUUAAGCCGCUGAAAGCAACAUUGAAAAUAUUCUCCACAGGAAGCAUUACAAUCACAGCUCCUUGUGUUGCCAACAUAGGCUUAGCCAUUGAGCAUAUCUACCCCCUUGUGUCUGAAUUUCAAAUGGAAGCCAGGGUUGAAUCCAGCAAGCAAAGACUCAAACAAAAAAGAGCACAGCACUCAGACUUUGCAAGAAAUGGGUUUCAUGAAGAAAAUGAUGAUGAGGAAGAGGAGUUAGAAUUUGACGAAGAAGAUGAGUAUGACAGCGAAUUUGAAGAGAGCUUUGAUAGUGAUGUCAGUCAUGAUUAAGCGUUCUGUGAGUUGUGCCAGAUGGAAGUUUUUAUGCUGUCAAAUCUUUCUUACUGAAGUUGACUUUAUGUGUCGAUUAUUCUUCAUUCAUCAUGUUUAGUUUCUGCUGUUGGUCUGUUAUCCUUUGAGUUAUUCAAGUAAAAAGGAAAGCUAACAUACUUCUGCUGCUUUCUGUUAUUAAAUUUGUGCAUCACAGUACCUUUCAGCAUGUGUGAACUUUUCAAAACUGCUAUUGGAAUUUCCUCCUUACAUAUUCUCUGUGUUAUUCUAAGAUAUUGUGUUCUGAGAUUUUGAUGUUUAUGAAAAAUGUGUGGCACUUCUUGUACAUUUGUAUGAUCUGGGGUAAGGGUGGGGAAAUUGUUACAAUGUAAUUUGUAGUAGAACUGAUGUGAUGAAUAAACAUUUUUGAGACCUA